AUGGAACUACCCUCAGGGAAUAAGCGCCGUUCUCAUUCAGUAACACGUUCUGGUGAGGCAUCUAAACGUAAAGCUGCAAGAGCUUUGGUGAUCAACGAUUGUAUUUCUUCAAAUAAUAUGAUAGAAAACAUUUAUAAACCAAUAACAGAAAAAGAAGUAACCAAUAAAGAAACAGAUCCUCUGAAUAACCCUCCUGAUGUUCACUAUCCUCGAGGAAUUGAUGAAUUAUGUCCGAGCAAAAUGACAGAAGAAUAUGCACUAAGUCAUCAAGGAUUACCUUUCAUAUUCUUUUUAUACCAACUCUAUCUACAUGAUAGUGAGCAGGAUCUCUUAGAUCUAUGCAAUCAAAAUCUGCUAGAAUUUGGCAUGAUGCUAGCAUGCAAAUUUCCUAGUCCAUGUAACGCUUCUACCGUAUUUGCUCUUGUUAACAAAGAACUCAAAAACAUAGGCGCCUUUAUGGCUGAGUAUUGCCAAGUAAAUGCAGAACCAUUUAUUUAUGAUUCGGCAAUUUACCUCGCACCAGAUUUUGAGCACAAAGUAACGAAUUAUCAUUUGCUAAAUUGCGGAGCAAAUGCUUUAUUCUAUGCGAUUUGUAUGGAUGAACCGAGUUUCAAAGAUGAACAGAAAUUAUUACUUCUUCAUCGCCAGAUAACUUAA